CGACCGGAGCAUCCCCGACACUCCCGGUGGGACCGGAGCAUCCUCGGCAUUCCCGGUGGGACCGGAGCAUCCUCGGCAUUCCCGGGGGAACCGCUCCGACCGGAGCAUCCCCGGCACUCCCGGUGGGACCGGAGCAUCCUCGGCAUUCCCGCGGGCUCCCCUCCAACCGGCGGCUCCGCGGAGAUUGCAGCGGCUCCGCUCCAGCCGCGGACGGAGGCUCCGCUCCCGCCGGGGUUCGGCUCCGCCGCCGCUCCGGUCCCGCUCCCCGCCAUGAGCUCCGCGCCCAGCCCGUCCCGGGAGCCGCCCCGGUACCUCAGCCAGGCCGAGGCGGAGGCCAUGGAGAAGGAGCUGCUGGAGGAUUAUCGCUUCGGGCGGCAGCAGCUGAUCGAGAUCUGGGGACACGCCUGUGCCGUGGCUGUCACCAAGGCGUUCCCGCUGCGCUCUCUGCGGCGCAGGCAGCCCACGCUGUUGGUGGCGUGCGGGCCGGCGCAGAACGGGGCCGUGGGGUUGGUGUGCGCCCGCCACCUGCGCAGCUUCGAUUACGAGCCCACCAUCUUCUACCCCAAGCGCUCCCCGGACCCGCUGCACCGCGACUUCACCACGCAGUGCGAGAAGAUGGACAUCCCCUUCCUGUCCUACCUGCCCACCGAGGUGCAGCUCAUCAACGACGCCUACAACGCCGUGGUGGACGCGGUGCUGGGAGCCGAGGGGACACAGGGGACAGAGGGGACAGAGCCGUGCGCGGCUAUCCUGGCCACCCUCAGGCACGUCCGCAUCCCCAUCGUCAGCCUGGAUGUCCCCUCAGGCUGGCUGCCCGGCCCGGUGGGUGGCAGCGGUGACAUCAGCCCGGACGUGCUGGUGUCGCUGGCGGCCCCCAAGGAGGUGGCGCGGCGCUUCCGGGGACGGCGACAUUUCCUGGCCGGGCGCUUCGUGCCCGAGGAGCUGCGCAGGAAAUUCGGGCUCAGCCCCCCCGAGUACCCGGGCAGCGACUGCGUGGUGGCCCUGUGACCCCAAGGAAACCCCUGUGACCCCAAGGAAACCCCUGGGACCCCAAGGAAACCUCUGGUGUGGCCCUGGGACCCCCAAAACCCCCUGGGACCCCAGAUAAACCCCUGUGACCCCAAGGAAAUCCCUGGGACCCCAAAGGAAUCCC